UAUACUUUAUAAUGCAACCAUGUCUAAAACAAAUACAACACAAACCAGUUGUUCAACUUCUUUACUUGACCUUCUAACAGAAAUGAAGAAGCAAUCCAACACAGAACAACAAACCAAUUUCCAACCAAAAUCACCAUCAAACUUCUCCUCUGAAUGCUGGUUUGAUGAUGCAUGCAUCUUAGACAUGGACUACUUUGUAAAAACUUUAUCAGGAAUCAAAGCAAAAGGCGUCCGAGCCGACUUAAUCGGUUCAAUCAUCACACACUAUGCAUCAAAAUGGCUCCCUGACUUAUCAACUGAAAAGGGUCUAACACAAUUUGAAGAAUCAUCACCUGAGAGUGUAACAGCUUCAUGGAUGAAAAAAAGGUUCUUUGUUGAAACCUUAGUUAAUGUUCUACCACCAGAAAAAGAUUCAAUACCAUGUAACUUUCUUCUUAGGCUUUUAAGAACAGCCAACAUGGUUAAUGUUGAUGUAACUUAUAAACAAGAGCUUGAGAAGAGAGUUUCAUGGCAAUUAGAUCAAGCUUCAUUGAAAGAACUUGUGAUUCCUUCUUUUAGUCAUACUUGUGGAACACUUUUGGAUGUUGAGUUGGUUAUUAGGUUGGUUAAGAGGUUUGUUAGUUUGGAUAAUGAAGGUGCUAAGAGUGGUGCUGCUUUGGUUAAAGUUGCUAAGUUGGUUGAUUGUUAUCUUGCUGAGGCUGCUGUUGAUGCUAAUUUGAGUUUGUCUGAGUUUGUUACUCUUGCUGGUGUUCUUCCUAGUCAUGCUAGAGCUACUGAUGAUGGAUUGUACAGAGCCAUUGAUACUUAUCUUAAAGCACAUUCAAAUGUAUCAAAGCAAGAAAGGAAAGGUCUAUGCAGGUUGAUAGAUUGCAGAAAACUAACACAAGAAGCAUCACUUCAUGCUGCUCAAAACGAACGGUUCCCGGUUCGAGCAGUAAUUCAAGUCCUUCUCUCGGAACAAACGAAACUCAACCGUCACAACAAUCAUCAAAUGGAUUGGAGUGGAUCCAUAAUGAGCAUUACAAGAAGUCCAACAAACGGAUUUGGAUUAGAAGCAGUCCCGACCGCAAGGUGUCUAUCGAAGCGCGAAAUGAACAUUCAACAGAUGGAGAUAAAGAAACUUAAGGAAGAUGUUCAUAGGCUGCAAAGUCAGUGCAAUACAAUGCAAGUUCAAAUGGAGAGAAUGGUUGAAAAGAAGAAAGGUUUUUUUAAGUGGAGCAAGAGGUUUAGUGUGAAUGGUUUCGGUAAAGGAGACGCCGGUGUAGUGGUGGAGAGAAGAGGAGGAGGAGGAGAAGAAGGAGAAGAUGGUGAUCAUGUUGAGUUUGGUGGGAGACAAACACCUGCUACUACUUCUGAUAUGAAGACUAGAUUGGUGAAUGUUAAAGGUAGGACUCCUAAUAAGUGGAGGAAAUCUAUGUCUUAGAAAAUAACUUCAAGUUUUAAACUGUGGUUACAAACUUAUGGUUAAGUCGUGAUUCUUGAUAUUGCAGGAAGUUGAGAACAAAUGUGAUUCUUGAUAUUGAAGUAAACUGAGACAAAUGUCAUCAUGAUUAGAGUUACAAUGUUGUUGUGGAGAUCUAUAGAAUUUUUACGUUAUUGUUAUCAUUGCAGUUGCAGAUUGCGAUUUAAAACUAUAUAAGCGAAUAACGAUAAAGAAGUGAAGUGAAGGUUGGGUAGUAUGGUUCACUUAGUUUAUAGUUUGUGUUUAUUUUAUAUUAAGCAAAUUAAUCUAGUUAAUAAGUUUAUUUGUUGAUGAAUCAAAAUAAAAUAAAAUAAAUUAUUUGUUGGUGUUAGUGUUGUGAGGAAUAAUAUGAAAAACUUUUGUAUUUGGAAUAAACUCAAUAAAUUUAGAUGUGAGAAUAAAUUACCUCA